GAGUCCCUUGCAGCACUUUCUAUGGCUAGCACUAUUUCCAUGGUGCGCUCUAAGUCGAUGUUAACUUCUUCAAGUAAUUGGUGCUGAAUGGCGUUGUCGUGAAUACCACAAACUAACCAGUCCCACAACAGGUCAUUAAGUGUAUCUCCGAAGUCGCAGUGCUCAGUCAUCUGCUUCAACUUCGCUAUUAAAUUGCGAUGGACUCUCCCAGGGCCCUUACCCUGGAGUUAAACUUAAAUCUCUGCAUUACUACUGAUGGCUUCACCUGAAAAUGCAUCUCCAUGAGGUUAAAAAAUUUAGAAUUGGGCGCAUUCGGGGCCGUCAGACUGCAGAUGAUGUUAUAUUUCUUGCAACCACGGAUAUGCUUUCUGCUUCUCCUCUACAUUUAUUUCAUUUGCUUCAAAGUAAAAAUUUAGGCACUCUAAGGACUGGCUCCAGUUUUACAUGGACGGGUCAUAAGGGUCGAUUCUGUUGAAGAGUGACAUGACUGUGUCCUACUGAAUGUAUGUUCCAGGGAACUUCUAUUCAUCCAUGUCUGCUGCAGUCAUUGCUUUUAGAACAGGUGCCGGAACAGCUGGACGUCAAUAACCUAAAGCUGCUGCAACAACCCCACCAAGAAGCAGAGUUAAGAACACUGUGCUGUCAUACCCAAAGCUUGCCCCACCCAGAGCUCCAUGUCAGGCCAACACAAAAAGCCAAUCUCUUCUCAGAGGGAGGUAUUACACACUGACAGAUAAGCUCGGAGUUUGAGAAAACUUUCAAGGUAGUGCUGUGGAUUGUUGGAAAACAACAGCUGAUCUUACUUCUGCAGGACUCUUAACCUACUCUGCAUGAAUAAAGAACAGCAGAUUGUGCAACUGUGGCCCAAAUCUUCCACCCCACCGUGUGUGGGUCCCCCCUGCAGCCGGGCCGGUGGGCCACUGAAAUCUCCGUUCACAUCAGUGGGACCGGAAGAUGCCGCUGGCACGAGGGGCUGGAAAAUUCCGACCUGUGUAGCUCCGUAUCAGUGACGACCUUCAGACACAAUGAAUUGGGCUUUUCUUCAAGGCCUGCUCAGUGGGGUGAAUAAAUACUCCACAGGAUUUGGCCGGAUCUGGCUGUCCGUCCUUUUCAUCUUCCGAGUCUUGGUCUAUGUGGUGGCGGCGGAAAGAGUUUGGGGCGAUGACCAAAAGGACUUUGAAUGCAACAUCAAGCAGCCUGGGUGUGAAAAUGUCUGCUUCGACUACUAUUUCCCUGUCUCCCACAUCCGACUGUGGGCUCUGCAGCUCAUAUUUGUCUCCACUCCAUCCCUGCUGGUGGUCAUGCAUGUAGCUUACAGAGAGGAAAGGGAGAAGAAAAACAAGAUGAAACAUGGGGAGACCUGUCAUAGUCUCUACAAUGACACAGGGAAGAAAAUAGGGGGACUGUGGUGGACCUACGUUAUCAGCCUUUUAUUUAAAGCAGCGAUUGAUAUCGGGUUCCUCUACAUACUUUAUAGCAUCUAUGAAAACUUUGAAUUACCUCGCCUUGUUAAGUGCGAGCUGGACCCUUGCCCCAACACUGUGGAUUGCUUCAUUGCCAGACCAACUGAGAAAACAAUCUUCACUAUUUUUAUGGUUGUUACCUCAGCCUUGUGUAUUCUUAUAAACAUUUGUGAGUUUACGUACCUCGUAAGUAAGAGAAUCGUGGCUAGUUGUACCUCAGGCAGACAAAGACGCCUAAAUCAAUCCACAACGGCCUCAACUACCUUAUUUGAGAAGCCAUCCAAUGCAAACUUCAGUUCAGAAAAUAAGUCAUUGCCCGGAAGCCAAAGUCCAAAUGUUGUCAUUCAUUUGAAGUCAUGAAACAUCCAUUAGUAAGCAAGUCAAAAGUCGCUUUUGUUUGAAUGUGCAGAACUAAUUGAACCUUUGGUGCACCGAUUUCUUGCAUAGCAUUUUUCUUCAUUUAAAAGAUACUAGAACUCAAAAACCAUUCUCGAGCUGGCACUAUCUUCAUGAAGAUAAUCCUGUUUUGUUCAAACAAUAAAUCAUUUUAGACGGUCUUCACAUUAUCUAACUUAUCUCCAGUCUCUGCUCCAAAGAAAACUGACUUCCUGUAUCACCUAGCACAGUGUUUAAUUAGUAGGUGGAGGGAUAUCAUCGAUGCCAGAUUAAGUUCAAUCUGGCAAUAUUUUGUUUCCAUCAGUAGGUCCAUGUUAACUGUUAAAGAUUCCAAUAGCAGGGUUCAUAAAUAAAACCAUAGAAAGUUAGGCAGAGUAUGAGGAAGAUUAAGCAGAAACAUUUCAAUAAAGGUUAAUAGAAUUAGGAUAAAAGUUACAGGCGAAGGCCAUUGAAGCAGACUAUAUAACUGAAUUAAGAGACAGUGGCCAGGAAUGACCACUUCUAACAAGAAAGAAUCCAACAAACUCGCUUUAACACUCAAUCAUAUCACCAUCAUUGAACUUCCCAUCAUCAACAAUCAACAUUGACUAGAAACUCACCUGGAUCAGUCCAUGAAAUGCCAUGACUACAAGAGCAGGUCAGAGGCUGGAUAUUCUGUAACAAAUGGCUUACCACUUGAUUCCCCAAAGUCUUUCCAUCACCUAGAAGGCACGAGUCAGGAGCGUGAUGGAAUAAGCUCCAAUCACCUGGAUGGAUGCAUCUCCAACAACACUCAAUGAUACUCAACACCAUCCAGGACAAGAAAGUCUGCUUGAACAGAUUGUAAAUUAGAGGAUGACCCAUUUGAUUGAUUUCAUUCAUUUAUCAGCAAUUCCUCUUAUUGAAGAUGAUUCUUCCUUCCAGAUGGCUGCGUGGAAGUGAUAGGUCAGUGUAGGCUAUGAUUCACAGAUUAUUUCCGUGCCCUAUCGCAGCCUUGCAGGCUCUCCCACAGGGGGGACAUCUGUUGUCAGUUGGUAGAGGCGCUGGUCAAAUAUUGGCUCCAGCAGCUGCCCUCUCUUUCAGUCUUUCUCACCGUCCUCUCUCAGUGGCUGCUUUUGUUGAUUGGAAGAUCCUGACACCAUUUUGGAUGAUGGAUCGCCAUUUUAGUCACAGCUGGGUAUCCUCUUCCCAUGUGUUGAUGUUAAAAGAGCAGAUCUUCAAGGAGGCUUUGAAAUGGUCACUGAAGUGUCGCCUUUGGCCACCAUGUGAACAAGAUCCCUGGGAUAAUGUUCUGGGCAGUCUUGAGUUGGAUAUUCUGACUACAUGUCCUACCCAUUUCAGUUGAUGUGAGAUUAUCAUGGCCUCUAUAAUUGGCAGAAUCACAUCUUGCAGAAUGCUCAUUUUUGUUAUUUUGUACUCUCACUUGAUUCACAAGAUCUUUCUAAAGAUAGCAUUGAUUGCCCACCAGACAGUCAAGACUGAAGUUCGGAGAACCCAGAUUUGAAGAAUAAGUUGGGGGCAGAGAAGAAUGAGGAAAUUCAACUCCUCACUGAGAUGCAUGACACGUGCCUUUUUCAAGGCAACCUAAGAGAUCUAUCAAUUCUCAAUACAAGGACCAACAAUAGUAAGAUUCAACGAUGGCGAGACUCUCCUUAAAGAUACAGACAUUAUCAACACCCACUAAAAAGAAUGCUUUGUAAAAUUGUGCAAUCAGAACUCCACAGUGGACCUGCAUCUUCUGGAGAAUCCCCCACACUGUACAAUCAGAAGUGAACAAGACAAUGAUCCAAAGCUCGACAAAAUCAUAAUGGACAGCAACCAGAUGAAAAACAACAAAACUUCUGGUCCUGACAAUGUCCCUGUGGAAGUAUUGAAACGUGGAGAAGACGUACUAAUCUCUCAGAUAUAUGCCCUAUUUGUGAAACACUGGCAACGUCAAGAAAUUCCAAGUGACCUUGGAGAUGCCAUAGUGAUCACAACCUUCAAGAAAGGAGACAAAUCGAACUGUAACAACUACAGGUCAUUGCUUUCAACUGUUGGCAAAGUCCCAGCUAAGUUACUUUGUAAUUGCCUCUCGCCAAUUGCAGAGGAGGUCCUUCCAGAGUUGCAAUGUGGCUUCCAACCCACCAGAGGAACAACUGACAUGAUCUUCACAUCACACCAACUUCAGGAAAAGUGCAGAGAGCAGUACAUGAUUUUUGUACAUGGCUUUCUUCGAUUUCACAAAAACGUUUGACUCAGUGAAAAUUGGACUGCCCUUUGGAAGGUGUUACAUUGAUGUAGAUACUAAGAGGCUAAUUUCACAAAAAUCCAUCUCCUACAUGACAAUAUGCAAUGGCUCCACUACAGAUCCCUUCUAUGUCAAAACAGGCAUCAAACAGUGAUGUGUCAUUGCACCAUUAUUCGUAAUCUUUCUUGCAGCAACGCUGCAGCUUACUACUGGUAGGCUCACCACAAUUGUGAUAAUAGCUUAUUCUUACUGAUGGUAAAGGCUUAACUCAACUGGCUGAAGGUCAAAGCCAAGACAAAAACCACUUUUCAAAUAGUAUGCACAAGUUAGUGCUCACUCUGAAGAAGAACUACUGCAGAUAGUUGAUGUAUUCACUGAAGGCUAUGAGAGCAUGGAAAUUGUCUAGAACUUCAGAAAGAUAAGUCCUCUACCAACCCACAUCAAAUGUAUCAAAUCCAAUAAUUGAAGAUGAAGUGCUGGAUAAUGUCCUUCACUUCCUGUAUCUUGAAAACUAUCUAUCCGAAAAAAACUAACGUGAAUCCAUGUGUUAGAUAAGGAUAACUUAAGUAUUUGAUUUUCAUGUAUCAAUAUCAGAUGUGAUAUAAAACUCAAGGCUAUUGGGCAGUGGUUCUCCCCACAUUUCUCCACAGCGCUGAAGCUUGGGCAGCUUGAACAUUGAUUUCACAACAUAAUCCUGAAACGCUGACACUAUGCAAACUCUUAGCACAGCUCCUGCAUGCGGUAAUUCACAGAAUGGUUAUAAAGCACUUCCUGAGUGACUUCUGUGUUCUUUCACAGAAUACCAACUCCACUACCCCACCGUCCCCCAACCCCACCACCCUAAAGCUUUGCAAGGCAAGCCAUCAGCAGCUGGCUGCAUUUUUGUUUCAAUCUGAAUCCAAUAGUACAUUUUGCAUUUCUGUAACUGGGCUAAAUUGAUUCCAGCUGCUGGUGUCAUCUGUCACUGCAAACAUCAUGCUACUUACAGUUGUAUUUUUCUAUAAGACUAGUUUGCAUUUGACUAACCCCAAGCAAUAACCCAUCUUUUUUAAGAUUCUUAGGUGUGACCCUGAAACUGAAGCCAAUUGUCGCACCCCAUUCCCCUCCCUCCACCCACCACUUUCCACUAAAAUUACUCAAGUCUGCACAGAUCAUGAAUGUCUAUUUAGUUUGGUGCUGGGCCACGAUCAUAUAUUUAUUUACCAAGACAUUUGAACAAUGCAACUUGUGGGGUGCUAUAAUACAAAUAUUUAGAAUUAUGAAUGUAUGGGGAAGGAUAGAAGCAGACUGCAUUAGUUAUGGAGUCAAGAAUGUGGAGCCAUAGACACAAGAUUAAAUGCAAGAGAUUUAGAACAGAGAUCAGGAAAAAUUCUUUAGUUAUGAGGCUUUGGUAUUAAUUUCCAGGGUCUUGGUUGAGGCCAAAACAAUGUCAACAUUUAAGAUUAAGUUGGAUAGAAAUUUGAAGGAAAAGGGAUUGAAGAAAUAUGGAAACAGGGUAGGUUAACGGGAUUAGAACUAUUUGCAUGGAGGAUAACUGCUAACAUGGAUGUGGACAUGUUUUUGGGUUGCAAUUUUUUAAUGUAAUUCCAUGCAUUGCAUUUGUAGUUAUGUGUUCAACCUGCAUGGGAUUCUUACUGUUUACUUUCAAGUAUUAAUACAUAUCAUAAAAUAAUGCAUUGUAAAUACAAAUGGUCAGUAUAACUUGAUUUUACAGUACAUUUCAUUUCCUGACUAAUAGAAUGUGGUAAUCACACAGCUUGGUGAAUGUAUCAUAGUCUAAGGUUUGUUGCAUGAAAAUAAUCAGAAAGUGUGAAUCUUAUUUGAACAACUGAACAUUUAAUUGAUUACUGGUUCUCAAUGAUCCUUUACUCACUGCCACAAUGGUCCAAAUUAUUCACUAUGCAGUGUGUAUACAAGGAGUUUGCAUCCUGUACAUCCAUGCAUUAAAAAUGUAAUAUGCAUAAUAUGUGUGCACAACAGGUAGAUAUGUAGUUCCUUUUAGCACAGCUAUUCAUUUUAUUGAGGGGAACAAAGCAACUUUAGCUUAGGGUCUUAUGCAGUGUAACAUCUGAAGAAGGUGGUGAAGUGUUCUCAAGUUACAAUAAAAAAAACUCUAUUGAAUGUUAUUCUGGUAUCAACUUCCUGGUUAUUGAGAUUUUAUUGAGAUCCCACCUGGGGAAAAAAUGACUGACUUUUUACUGAAGUAAAGUCAUUGCAGUGUGAAUGAGAGUGUUUUGUUCACAUUAUAUACUCAUUGGGGAUAAAUUGUCUGGGUAAUCAGAUUCUCCUUGCUGAUGGUCUUAACUCAUUUCUUUUUGCAUACUCUCAUCUGGUAAAAUAACACGCAGAGUUAACUUAAUCAAUUCGGCAAUUCAAAAGCUGGCACAAUCACUGUUAAAGAUUGUAUUUUACAAAGGCUUAACUGUGUCCACUGAAAUGUCUUGGCUUGUGGUGGAAUGCUUGGAACAGACUACUCCUUGUUUUUACCUGUACCAGGAACUGAACCUGAGGCAAUAAAAUCCUUUGUUUACUGUA